CGUUUGAUGCCAAUGAAAAGUGCUGCUGAUAUUUUCAGGAGCGCCGUCUGUCAUCCUGUUGAACAAGUUUUCCCUGAUCUUUCUCAUUAACGGCAUGAGGCGUUGCUUUCGCCUGUCUCACUCUAGUCUGGGAGAAAGAACUCAAGACAACUAAAGCCUAUUCCAGAAAAUUCAAGAAUGCAGUUCCACUGGCGAAUCUCCUUGGCUUGUGUCUGGCUGCUGAUCUUCCUCACGGUGAUGAAUAAGCUCAUUAGCCUCAGAGAUGUAAAAGAAAUUGAGAUCAUCAUCCAAGACCAUUCAUUUGACCAGUCCGCAGGAGCAGAUUGGAAGACGGUUGUUGAGCAGAGGACUCAGUGGCUCUCCGACAUGUGUAAGAGCAAGAAACUUUGGAACGACACCCACGUCUCCAACACGGCCUUAGACAACAUCUUUGUGUUGGAGCGACACAACAUAUUGUUCUGUCAGACACCUGAUGGGAGCAACGAUGAAUGGAAGAAAUUUCUCCUUGUUCUAAGUGGAACCUAUUCCAGUAUGGAGGAGGUCCCAGAGGACGUUGUCCGUAACUAUGAGAAAAGCUUGCCCCGCCUCUCUUCACUGACGUCGGAGGAAAUCACACACAGAUUAAAAAACGACUUCAAGUUUUUCAUCGUGAGGGAUCCAUUUGAGCGUCUCGUUUCCACAUUUGAGGACAAGUUCCUAUUUACCAAACCUUCUGAGCCUUGGUACAAGCACACCAUCGGACCUGCCAUCAUCCGCAAAUAUCGCAAAGCCUUUCCUUAUCUUAAAGAGUAUGGUUUACAGUUUGAUGAGUUUGUUCGUUACCUGGUGGACGAGGUUGGCCGGAAGUCCAUGGACUGGAGGUUCGGCCAGCGUGUCGCCCACUGGGCGUCCUACGUGGAACUAUGCGCCCCGUGCGAUAUCAGCUAUGAUGUCAUAGGACACCUGGAAACAUUGAAGCAAGAUGGCGCCCUCAUUUUGAGGAGGACAGGCAUCGAGCAGCUCAUCUUUCCUGCUAUUGCACACUACAACAAGAGCGUAGUGGAGCGCUAUUUCUCGGGUAUCAGCAAGAGCGAGCUCAAACGCCUCUAUGCACGCUACCAGGGGGACUUUCACUUAUUUGGAUAUCGAACACCUGAACUUCUAUUCAACUGACAUGCUCGAGGUUGUAAAGUUGACGACUUAAAAGUUUGUAUUUGAAAUACCGGCCAAGCACCAACUGCCGUGAUUAUUAUUAAAAUCAUUUUGGGAGAAACUUUCUUCAUUUUUUGUUUUGAGUCGAAAACCGCCUUUUUUCAUGGAAAAUAAAAUGUACUUCAAUAUACGCGGUUGUCCCUAUCAAGCAUUGUAUCAUUUCAAGUUGUAUUAUAACUACCCACCACGAGGUGGCGCAAAUCGCUGUCACACCACGUCUCGUACAAGUUGGCCUGUUUUUCUUCCGGAAUUGGAAUGACAUGCUGGACGACCAAAAUAACGUUUUUUUUUGAAAUUAUUCAAUUAUUGUUGAAAGUUGGAUCUUGUGCAAAAUGAACAAAAAUGACAUCAUGAAAAAGGGAAAAUAAAGCUACAGUGAGUGAG